ACAUUGUAAGUUUGUCCAUACACCGAUUCCCACCUCAUUGAACCCCCCUCAGGGUUUUUUGCGCAAUCAACGUCAUGGUUAAGACGUAUAUAUAAACCUCUCAUGUUCAAGAAACUUAAUCGCACACUUGCUCCUGAUUACUGCUAAUACUCAGUCAUGAAGUUCGCCGUCAUUUUUCUUGCCGUUUUGGUGGCUGCAGUUUCGGCAGCUCCACAAUACACGACGAAAUUCGAUAAUAUCGAUAUAGAUCAAAUUUUGAAUAAUAACCGAUUGUUAAACAAUUACGUUAAUUGUCUUUUACACGAUGGCACCUGCACUGCUGAUGGAAAGGAACUUAAAGCCGUUCUUCCUGACGCAAUAGCAAGUGAAUGCUCUAAAUGCUCUCCAAAACAAAAGGAGGGCUCUGAGAAAGUGAUCAAAUUUUUGUCAAAGAACAAACCUGAAGUAUGGAAGGAAAUUUUGGAGAAAUACGAUAAAGACGGACAAUACAGGGCGAAAUAUGGCGAUAAGGCUAAAGAAUUGGGAAUCUCCACUGCGAGAUGCAUUGGCUUAUUGACAAUUCCGGCAUUUUUCGGUCGCUCCGGUCGAAGUGUACUGAAAGCCCUAGUUUUCGGUUACGUAAUCGCAGGUCCAAUUUUUAAUUUAACUUUAAAUGGAAAAGAAGUUGUCAGAACAUUUUCGUGUACAAAUCAACUCACUCAAAAUAUGUCCAAAACUAGAUACAAUCUUAUGAUCCAACCAUUUAAGCAAGCUCUAAUGAGUAUGAAAACAAACGCCGAGGAGAUAAAGGACACAUUGUCAUCGGUAAAAGAUUUGAUAAGUCCGAUUGUCGAGGAGAUCGAGGGUCAAGAGGAAAUGCAACGACUUCAGGAGGAAAACGAUUAUUUAGAUGAAUUGCAAAAUGAUACAAAGAGAAGCGAGGAAAUUGAACAAAAACGAUUGAAGGCACAAUUGAACGCCAAAUCGGAGGGCGAAAUUUAUGAGGCGAAUUACAAGGCUAAAAUUGAAACUCGUUGUGAGGAUCAACUGAGUCAUGGCACUGAAAAUUGUCGAAAAAUGUUUGCCAACGCCUAUGAUAAAUGCUACAUUAAAGUAUCUCCAGUCGCAGCUUGGCUACUUUGUUGGCCGAUGAAAUUGACAUUUAUCUGCAACAUUGUCCAAGCACUCGGCGGACCCAACAUUUGCAAUCCAGAAGGAAAUGUCGAUUCCGGAAUUGGCGAAGGAUACGCUCAAUUAAAAGAAACAAAAAAAGUAUUUGGCGAGAAUAUGAGAAAAGCAACUCUUCAGUACCAAGUGAAGAAACCGCGAAUGCCAAUUGAUGUACAUGAUGCAAAAGAUACGGCGAAGGCAAUAUUACACGAAUUCGAUUCAAAGAAAAAAAUGUUCGAUACCAUAACAACGUUAAUUAAACGUUGUCUGGCACUUGUUUUCUUGAAAAUAAUACUCGGCGCUCAAAGAUAUCAUGAUGAAUACUUAACUAAAAUAGAACACGAUAAUUUUUACAUAACGUCGUAUUUCCGAAAAAUUGACGCUCGUCGUAAAGCACGAGGCAGUUCGACCCUUUUGCCAUUACGUAAAUGUGAGAGACAAAAAUUUGUCGAUCCUUACAAAAUCAAACAGAGUAAAUUCGAAAGAAAGAGUCUCGUUGGUCAGACGGCGAAAUUAAUUUUAGAAAUCGCCACCGUCACCACCUUUGUCCUCCUCGAUAUUCUCUUUUACGAAACUUUGGACAUCAUCAAAAGACACUUUCAUUUGGAAUUUUCUCAGAAAGGUCAUCACGACAUGUCAAUAGAAGUCCGAGGAUCAGGACUAAUAGCUUCCUUAGUACGAAGUGUAAUUCGCGGUUUUAAUAUCAAAAAGCGAAUAAAUACAGUUGUGAGUAAUGAAGAAUGUCUCCCAAGAGCUAGAAAACUUCCCGGCUACAUUAUAUUCAAGAUCUAUGGCACCUAUUUUGCAAUUUGGCUCAUGCUCCUAGCUACUGCUUACACCCAAAGAAUGAGACGUGUCAUAUGCUCAUUCUUCUAUCGUAAAAGAGAAAAGCGUCGUGUCCUCUAUUUAUACAACGAAUCGACCCGCAAACGUUUCGGAUACCUUCGAUUUAUGAAGGCAAAAGUAAAAAAUCUCGUGAGGACACGAAAUCUCGAGAAGGACAUUGAUCUUUGGUUGGGCUUGAGAAAGAGAUAUCCAAAAAUUUUCGGAUGGCUACAAUUUUUCGCCUGUGCAAGGGAAAAGUGUCUAGUUUGCGAGGAAACUGAACCAAGAAAGGAGCCAAAAUUUCGUAAAUGUGAUACACCAGGAUGUCCAUUUUUACACUGUCAGGAGUGUUGGAGAGACGUGGGGGAAAUUUGUUUAGCUUGUGCCGAUCCUUACGAAAAAAUGAGAGGCACCGCUUUUCUGUUUUUCUUUUCCCUAGUUGUUUUUGUCAACGCUGAGGAAGAAAAGUAUACGACAAAAUAUGACGAUUUGGAUGUCGAUGAGGUCAUUAAAAGUGACAGACUCGUUAGUAACUACGUUGGAUGUCUUCUUGAUAAAAAUUCUUGUACUCCUGAUGCUACUGAACUUAAAAAAAAUCUUCCGGAUGCAUUAGCAACAGAUUGUGCGAGUUGCAGUGAAGCGCAAAAAAUCGGUUCGGACAAAUUUUGUGAAUUUUUGAUUGAUAAUCGAAAAGAAGAUUGGGAGAAAUUGGAAGCAAAGUAUGAUCCAACAGGAGCCUAUAGAGCAAAGUAUAUGGCAAGAAAGGAAAAUGAAAAAUCGAAGAAAAAGUAAAUUCAUUUUUUCUAUACACAAGAGAACAUAUUGUAACUAUUUU